AUUGUAUCGAACGGUUGUACAAUAACUUGAGCAAAACGUGUAAAGUGUGUUUGAAAACAAAUGCAAUUUUAAAAGAACGACGUCUGUUUAAUUUUUUGUACGUCUUCUUUGAAUCGGCAAAGGCGCCAAGUUUGUUUAAAAGCGUAAUUUUCGGUUUUAUUUUGAAGAAAACUUUUUUGAAUUGUACAAGUGAAGUGGACAAUUUUGAAAAUAUUAGGCGAGUUGCCUACUCGUUUAGCGGACAUUUAAACGCGUUUUGACAUUUUUUCGGGUUUUAAGCCGUUAGUGAUUUUUGAAGAAAAAAAAAAAAGAAAAUAAAACAAACAUAAAGUAAAAUCACGAAUUUAUGAAAAUUUACUUUAAAGGCCAAAUAUAAUAAAAAAUAAACAAAAUAACCUUAAACUUAUUUCUAAAAAAUCUGCCUUAAAUCCUCUCUUAACUGCCUUAUUACCAAAUAAAAAAUAUUUAAAAGUCUGUGAAUAGCAAAUGUAGUGAUAUUUUUUAUAUAGAAAAUGAUUAAAAUUUCAAGGUUUUUUUAAUAAAAAAUAAUUUUAAAAUAACACAAAUUAUAAAAAAGUGAGUCUUAAAUUUUUUGGGGAAACAUUUUUUCGCCAAUUUAUUGCUCAAAAUUAACUAUUUCGUUUAAUCGGUAUUUAGAUUUUUUAACAUAAAUGAAUGAAUGAUAUUUGUGAAAUUUUGCAACAAAUAGUCGAUUUAUUUUUGGGCAGUAUGCGGUAAUUGUAAAAAGUUACGUUAUCCCCAAAUAAAAAAAAAUAAUAACAAAUCAAGCAACCAACCAACAAACAUCCAUCCAACAACUCAAGCCAACGUCAAUCCAACACCACACAACUUUUUUACACACUCUACCAACUAUCACUGCAACUUGCAUUAGAUCAAACACGGAUAUUUUACAGUAGAGUUUGUUAUAGCAAUAGUGUUGUUGUUGCUUUACUUUUUGUUUUUGCAUUUCAACUGCAAGCGAUCAAACAACACGAAACCAGACGAGUUUAGCUGCAACGAAACUUGCCCGUUGUUUUUGUUUUUUUUAUACAAGCAAUGAUUACGACGAUGAUAAUUAUGAUUACGUUCGUUUGUUCGUUCGUUCAUUGAUACAUCAUACUUGCUCUCAUACCAAGGUCAAUAAACGUAAGAUUGCACGCGAUAUCAAUACAACAACAAUAAUAAAAAAUAUAUAAAAAACCGGGGUCAACGGUAGGAAGGAGUAUACGAUCGUACCGUAUACGUUCACUCACUCACUCUGUGUGUUUGUUUUGAUGUAUGAAUAUACAUAAUGAAAAUAAAAUGUGAAAUUAUUCAAUACAAUAAAAUGAAAAUUGAAAUUGAAAAAAUGAAAGAAAAUUACAACAACUAACCAAACCAAAAAUAUUGUUUACAACAAUACAAGUAUGAAAUCUUAUUAAUAAUCAUUUCAAUAAAACCAGUGAUUUAAGUGGAUUAAUAAAAUAUCUUAUAAAAAAUAAUAAUAAUUCAAACACUCACUCCUCCAAAUAAAAAACAAAAUCACGACAAUUUCUUUGAUACCUGACAACUGAAAACUGAUUCUGUUGGCAACACAGAAACAGCAAAACACAAGAGGUUGUCAACACUAAUUUUAUUUCAAAUUGUAUUUGAUUCGCACAUCAUGCUUUUUAUAUAUUAAGGAUUUCAAUGAGUUGCAAGAGAACACAUGACUUAAUUCGAUGCAUGAUCAUUCAAAGAGAUAUAAAUGCGUCCCCAAAGACAAAGUGUGGGAUUUGUUGAUAUUAAGGCCAAUAAGACACCAUUUAUUAAGCGGAUACGUUGCAAAAUUAAAUCCUUAAAUCAAUGCUCAACUUUUACUAUAAAAUGAUAAAAAUCUAAAAAUCGCGUGUCUUAAACGCGAGUGUAAUGCAGAACGAAAUUUAUACAAAAUGAAAAUUUGAGCAAAGAAAGUAAUAUUUAAAAAAAUGUUUGACAUUUUAAUAAAUUUCACAAAUAUUAAUUUAACCAAAAUAUACAUAAAAACGUUAUUUACAAUUAAAUUAUUCAUAUCAAUGCUAAAGUGAAAGCGAUUAAAGUAAAGAAGUGUUAAAAAAUUAACUAAAUUUAAAGUUUUAUAUAAUAAUCUCCAACUCAUCUUUUAACGCAUCUGUGAAAUCAAAAUUUAAAACAAACGAUGAAAAAUACUGCCUUUAAAAACAAAUGAUUCUUAUACAAAACAACAACAGCAAAUCAUAAAAAUAUUAUUAUACAUUUGUGGAAAAUUUAUAAUUAUAUUAAAACUGACAAUAUACAUAUAUUUUAAAAUACAACAACAAAAAGACUUAUCAUCACUUUUUUAUACACCAACUGGUUGCCUUAAUCCAAAUUUUAUUCAAAUAAUAAAAAAAUAAACAAAUAUUGUGUGUUUUUUCAAUAUAUUUAACUUUUAUAAAAUAUUAGAUAUAGUAGUAAAAAGUAGUUAAACAAAAUUUUUUAUACAAUUCAACAAAAACCAAACAAUUAUUAUAAAUUAACUAAAUACGUCCAUUUUUUAAUAUGAAUUUAUAUUAAAAAAACAACAACUGAUUGGCUUUAAAAAAGUAAUUUUUAAAUUUUAUAAUGUAAAAUAAAAACAAACAAGUGCCUAAACAAAACAAUUAAAAUUUUCCAACAAAAAAGGAAUUUCCCUUUUUCGAAACAAAAAGACUUUAAUCGUACACGGUCAUACACACUCCAAAGAGUUGGGUGUGUGUCGCCGUCUCCAGCUUUAAAAUUUUUUCUUUUCCCAUCACCGGUGACAAAAACACGCUGGCACUGGUGAACGAAGUUCUUAGUGGCUUUGCCUUAUCAGCGAUGCCAUUUAUUGAUGACGCACUACUUUGGUGUCCGGAUAACGAUGGUCGUAUUGUGGGUGGCUUAGAUAUUGCAACAUGCAUGCAGGAUGAAGUUAACGAAUCUAAUGAAAAUGUUAGCGAAAGUACUCAACUUGCCGAAAGCACAACAGCAGAGUUAAAUGCCUUGGAGCCCUCAUUGUGCAACAAUGAUUCCUCCGAUGACUUGUUUCGUCAACUAUCAGAGAGCAAUUUUGAAAUUGAGAGUCUUCUAUCCGAUUUAGCAACAGUUGAAGUGAAAGAGGAGAACAACAAUAUCAGUGAUGUUACCAGUGAUGUUGUGGGACGAAGUCAACAUGAUACAUUCGUUGCAUUAGUCAAUGGCAGCGGUGGAGUUGGCGGUGUCGUAAAUGGCAUGGUUAAUGGGGGUGGUGGUGGCAAUGUCACUACCUCCGGCAAUAAUUUAAUCUCGGGAAAUGCGAUACAGCUGCCGGGUGAAAAUUCUGCUUUGGGUUCUGUAGGUACAAAUUCGCUAACAUUGGAACCCACUGCAGCUUCUUCUACCCAGGAGCAGGCCAAUAGUAGUACAUUUCUUAACCAAAAUACCAACAACAGCAAUAGCAACUCUAAUUUAAGUAACAAUAAUAAUAACAAUAGCAACAACGACAGUACCAAUAUAUUCGAUGACAGCUCAUCACGCUACCUGAUUGCAGCGAACCCACUGCUGGCGGAAAAGUUGAUGUCGAAAAGUUUAAUACUCAAUAAAAACGACAAAACAAUAGCUGACUUCAAAGGUAAAUAUUUUGAUCAUAGUUUUAAUACUAAAAAUGUGUAAUUCGAACAGCUAUAAAAAGGUAUGAGUUACUAAAAUUUCCAAAAUAACAAAUUUAUACAUGUAAAUAGCGUUUG